AUGCCUGAACGUCUCAGGGCUGGUUUCUUCUACGAAGGGCACCUGAAGCACGGCCAGACCGUAAACACGGACGCGCUGGCUCAGGUCGAGAAACACAUGCACGAGCUGUGUAGACUGCAGCACGACCUCCAACGCAUCGACGUCACCCCAGAGCAAGCGCUGGAUGUGUUCUGCGACAAUCCGUUCAAGCAGCACUUUAUCCAUCGCGCCCAGCAGCAGGGCGAAACCUCCAUCUCCAUCUACAAGCUCGCCAGCUUUGUUGACCUGUGUGAAGGCCCGCACAUCCGGAACCUUCGUCCGUUUUCCUCCAAAACGAUUGCGCUGACGUCAACGUCGCAAGCGGAAUUCGACUGGAGUGGACGCGAAGAGAUGAAACCGGACAACUGGGACACACACACGCCGCUCACACGCACAUACGGCAUCUGUUUCCCCUCCAAACAGAUGUUUCGGCACUGGAAACGCGAUGUGGAGGAGCGAGAGAAGUACAACCACAGCGCCGUUGGGAAAUCCCUCUCCAUCUUCAUGCAGCAUGACACAAGCCCAGGUGCGCCAUUCUUCCUCCCGCACGGCGUCCGUCUCCUCCACCGGCUGACAGAUCUCAUCCGCCGCCAAUUUCGAAUCCGCGGCUACGAAGAGGUGAUGACUCCACUUGUGUUUUCGCAGAAGCUGUGGGAGACAUCUGGCCACUGGGACCACUACCGCGACGACAUGUACCGCGUCAUGGGCUUUGACGAGAAGAGCAGCGGCAAUGGCGGCAAUGAUGAUGAUGAUGACGACGAGUACCUGCGUGGCCUGAAGCCCAUGAAUUGUCCCGCCCACUGCCUCAUCUUCAAGCACACGAAGCGGUCCCACCACGACCUGCCGCUUCGGCUCGGUGAGUUCUCUGCGCUGCACCGCAACGAGGCCUCAGGUGCACUCGCAGGACUCACGCGCGUCAGACAGUUCCACCAAGACGAUGCGCACAUCUUCUGCACGGAGGAGCAGAUACAGCAGGAGGUGGCCGGCUGCCUUGACUUUGUCAGGACCGUUUACGACGCCUGUGGCUUCACGUAUUCGCUGACAUUUUCGACGCGACCGGACGAAUUCACCGGUGACAUCAGCACGUGGGAUCGCGCUGAGGCGCAGCUCCGCGCGUGCUUGGACGCCGCGCACAUCGACUUUGACAUCAAUGAAGGAGACGGGGCGUUCUAUGGGCCGAAGAUUGACGUGUAUCUCGAGGACCGCAUGGGCCGGCGCCACCAGAGCGCCACAAUCCAGCUCGACUUUCAACUUCCGCAGCGCUUUGACCUCAACUUCACGGACGCCGCGAUGAUGCAGCAGCGGCCAGUCAUCAUCCAUCGUGCCAUCCUCGGUUCACUGGAGAGGAUGACAGCUGUUCUUCUCGAGCACACGCGCGGCCACCUUCCCCUCUGGUGCAGCCCUCGCCAGGUUGCUGUGCUGUCUGUAUCGUCGGCAUCGCGCGCUGCUGCCGCUGCCGUCCACCGCCAGCUCGUAUCUGAUGGUCUGCACGCCGAGACGUUUCUCGAGGACACCACCAUCGCCAGGAAGGUGCGAGCAGCAGAACAGCUGAAGUUCAACGCCAUUAUUGUUGUUGGCGACGAGGAGGCAAAGACGGGCAAGUUCAGUGUCAGGUGGAGGGAUCAUGACAAGCGGUUGGCGCCGCUGUCACCAGCACUGCAGCGCAUCUUGCGCGAUGACCGGGAAUGCUUGCAGGCAACAACACAUCAGACGACAAGUGGGGACAGUGAUGACAAUCAGUUCACGUUGGCGGACAUCAGUGCCGCCAUUCAGCGCCGCAUGCACGCAAUGGGAUGAGGGGUUGGAAGUGACUCGUGUGCACAUUGUUGCUUGUAGUUCGAAACACAUGUACAAUGACUUAAUGACAGAA